AUGCCUAUUAAAGUCUCGAAUUGCGGUAGAAUCUGGCUCACUGACAACAAUGGAGUCUAUGCCAAGGAGAUCCCAAUAGUAGAUGCAAGCCUACAUCUCGUAGAAAUGCAACGUGCUAUUGUGCAAGCAGAGAACAGAAAGUCCGAAAACGAGUUGGCACUUAGACAAAGGCGCGAGGAGAUAGAAGCAAAGGAAAAGAGAAUUGGAGAGCACCUCGCACAAGCCAAGCGCAGGAUAAACUAUGCAGAAAACAAACUGCUGGAACCGAAUGACCCAACCGAGCAGUUCUGCUCACACGAAAAAGCCACCAAGACCAGACUUCAAGGUCUGGAGAAGGCAAUCUUAAAACGACAGGGACUAGAAAGAGCACAGAUAGGUGAAGAGCAGCUUUUACUGGAACGGCUGAGAGCAGACCUUGAAAAGUUGUUUGAGGUCUUGAAACUGGAAAAGGAAUGCAUGGACAGGGACAGCGCCGAGCUUGCCGACAAGGAGCGUCAAUACAAGGAGCAAAGCGAGCAAGGAAACUUCGCGCAGGAUCUAACAGAAAUCGAUAUCCAGAAACGAAAAGACAAACUGCGAGAGCAACAAGAAACUUUGGCGUGGGAGAGAUUGGACUUUGAACUCAUGAUGAACCAAAGAGGUGAAGAAGCACGGAAGAAGAAUGCCGAAAUCCUAGAAAGAGACCGCAUUACUCAAGAAACUGAAGCUCGAGAAAGAGAGAACUUGCGAGUCGUUGAAGCCAAGUCUGCCCAAGAAGAUGCUAAUCGAAGGCAACAAGAAAUCUGGGACAUGGAAUUUGAAAAGUUGCAAGUCAGAGCAGAACAGUUAAAACAAGACGAGGAAAAAGUCGCUGCCAACCUUGACAAUAUGGCCAUCGUUGAGAAGCAGUCGAAGGAGGUAAAUACCUCACUGACGAAGAUCACAGAAGAGUUUACAAUGUUUCGCAAGGAGGCUCGCAACAGAAUCGACAGUCUAAGGGCAGAACACGAGGCACAAGAUAGAGCAAUUCAAGUAGAGUUGAAGAGCGCCCUUGAAGCUGCUCAAGAAAAGUCGGAGGAGCUGCAAAUUCUACGAACUCAGCUGGUUGAAGAAGACCUCAGGAGAUCUCGAAAUCAUCGUUCUACUGACACCCGCCGACCUCCGAAGGGCAAUGAUUCGCGAUCCACGAACUCGGAUAUUGUCAAGGAUGCCCAGAGCAUAUCGGUAGACAAGAAUCAGGCUUCUAGACCAACUCCCAAUACCACUAGCUCACCAGCGAUCAACGACUUCGUCUUCAUCAGCUCAAAAGACAGUUUCAGAUAUCGUGAUCAUGCCAUGACGCGGGAUAGCGAGGUUGACGACUACCUAGAGGAUCCUGACUCUUAA